GCCAGAGGGAGUCACUCAGUCAGUUUUCUCACUUCGUUGCUAGUGAGAGAGCCUAAAACUCUCAUCUCUCUCUCUCUCUCGGAGCUCCGUUAGCGUGCUAGGGUUUCUGGGUUUUGUGGGAAUGGCGCCGAGGAAACGCAAGACUACUGAGCAAGAAGAAAAGCAGCUGGUGGCUCAGGACUCGGGUCAGCGAGUGACUCGGAGUAUGGCUCGGCCGGCUCCGAGUGGGAGCUCGGCUGAGCCACGAGCCGUGGCGCCGGCGAGGAAGAAGGCCAAGGGAGCUCAGAAGAAGAAAGAGCCGGCGAAGAAGGAAGAGGUGGAGGUGGAAGAAGCGGAAGCGGAAGCUGUGAAGGAAGAGGAGGACAACUCCGGCGAGAGCAAGGCGGAGGCCGACGCGGAGAACGAGAACAAGAAGAAGAAAGGGAAGGAGAAAGUGGAGGCCGAGGUGGAGAACAAGGAGGAGAAAGGGAAAGCGAAAGUGGAGGACGACGGAGAAGGUACGGAGGCUGACGACGACGAGUCGGACAAGAGGACCAUUGUGAUUGAGCAUUGCAAGCAAUGCAAGUCAUUCAAGGUAAGAGCUGAUCAGGUCAAAAAUGGUUUGGAGAAAGGUGUUCCUGGCAUCAAAGUUCUACUAAACCCUGAUAAGCCAAGAAAAGGAUGCUUAGAGAUACGGGAGGAAGGCGGCGAGACAUUCCUCAGUCUUCUGGACAUGAAACGACCAUUUUCAAAAAUGAAGGCGCUGAACAUGGAGGAAGUCAUUAACGAUAUAGUUGAAAAAAUCAAGUGAACAAUGUGAUGCAUCGCAUUCUAGAGGAGCUUUUGAUAGUUGGAGUAACUGUCUUUUUGGGUAAACCAAGUUUAUUUGGCGUUUUAACGGUAGGAUGAUUACUACUGAUCUACAUUUGAUCGUGCUCAUAUUUUUGUCUGACAACUGUAAAGUUGCACCCGGUGAGGCCAACGAUCUGGAUAUAUGUUGAAAAGGCUCGUAUGAUUAGCCUUUGCAUAUAAGAGAAUGUAGGUUACUGAUGAUAUCGUGUUCAUUUUGUUAAUGCGUGAAUGAAAGUGAGUAGAACUUCGUUGACAUCACAAUUUAUCGAUUUCUGAUU